UGUUAAUAAACUCGCACUUUUCCAAAAUCAACAACAUGUACGAUCUUGCACGAUCCGCCACAGGUGUGACAUUCGGUGUGCUUUCCAUUUACCGGCCAUUUGCGUUAUUGACACCUUCAACAUGCAUCGCGAAGUCGAAAAUCAGUGGCCCAACAUCACGGGUAUACACACUAAGAGAAAAGCUGCACAUGACACAGCUCUUCUCAAUUGAUAGCUCACCUUUAAUAUAAUCAGACGCCGGUUCAAUUAGGCCCGAAGCAUCUUCAUCAACAGCAGCCGAGAUCUUCAUACAUCGCCGUCCUGCUUCCUUCUUCCUGCUUGUACCCUUACCUCGUACAUUUCGUCGUUCUUCUCCUCGUCGGAAGCGCCUUUCUGAUAGCCACCAUGCCCUUCCAACGGCUACUCAGUCUACCAUGGUGGAGCCUUUGGCUGCUUAUCUCCUCAUCGGCGGCGCUCGUGCCGCGGGGCCCUCAGACGAAUGCAACAUGCACGAGCGACUUUACUUGGGCUGACAAUGCAGCGGAGCUGAAUCCUUGUUCCGUGGUAGCGUAUGUUAUGGCUUCUUGUCUCACGGACACUUAUUAUGUAUGGGCUUUGAGUAAUGAUACACAUUAUGAUCGGCCAGGAGACGGUGCCAUCUCAGCGACGCCUUGUUCAUGCUCCUGGGCCGCAUACAACCUUUUUGGUGCUUGUACAGCGUGCCAAGCUGGCAGUCACGCUAGCUGGGGCUGGGCGGCCUACAGGGCGAACUGUGGAGAUAACUUGUCUACAGCAUCAAGUUUCUUCCCUUAUGACAUGGGUUAUACCUUACCGGCAGCCGCGUCUAUUCCCUAUUGGGCGGCGCAAGAUCCAUCCACUUGGAACAAUGGUCAAUUUGAUUCCGUCCAGGCAAAAAAUUUAUCCAUGGAAGGCCAUGCCGACUUGAACGGACCCUCAAAUGACACCAAUAACAGUUCAGGUUCUUCGACACCUGUGGGCGCUAUUGUGGGGGGCGUUGUUGGGGGUGUCAUUGUGGUUGCCGGUGCAGCCGUAGUUGCUUUCCUCCUUUUCCGGCGUCAUCGUCGACUUCAUGCGUCCAAGAUCUUGGAUAUUCGACCAGGACAUUUCCGUUCACAGUCUGAUCUAACGCAAAAGAGCGGACCUGCAGUGCUUUACGGCGAUUCUCUAAGCCAUCAUCCUUCAAGCCCAAUUACCCAGUCCGCUCACACUAUUCUUUCCCACUCUGGAGAAGGGACCGCACCUUCGUAUUUCGGUUCCGUCCGCGGCUCCUCUGCUUUCAUGUCUCCACCCACUUCUCCGACACGCCAGUUGAUGUCCCCUCCACCGAUGGUUAUGAAUCCCGAGGAUAUUAUUCAUCCAUUCACUGCGACUCCCUUAGCAAUGUCACCCUCACCCAUGGACAGGAAAGGCGGAGGAGGUGCGGAUUUAUAUACUCACCAUCAACGACCUUCGGUAACUUCCUUGGACCCAACAUCUGAUCCUUCCGCGACCAACGCUGAAAAUGUAUCGAGGCAACGCAUAAAUCCUCCUGCCUAUAGUGUGUACCAGGAGACAUCUCCUAAUCUACAACCGGCAAGGGACGGUACUGGUACCCCUUCACGAGCUCCGACACCCAGUCGGGGACAUCGAUCUGAGAAGGGUAGUCAGGACACCGUCUUACCGUGGAGUCCAGUUACGUCUAAUAUGCAGGUGCGAAAUACUCAGAGCCGACCGCCUUCUCCUGGACCUGGAGAGUUUGGUAACAUACGAUCCAGUCGCGAUAUCGACGUAUCGAGAAUAGCCUAAUUUAUGUCUCUACUUGUUCAUCCGAUCGUGUUGCUGUAUAUAUGUUUUAUGCUAUCACCGUAUAUGUUUUGUGUUUUGGCUGCCACCAAUUGUAUUGUAUACUUUUAUUAUCUUCCUUACUGAUCGAGGGAAUCAACGGCAUUGUUA